AUGGCUUUGCUAUUCCCACAAGAUCAUGGUCAAGCAGUACAAUGGGUACAAAUGGUCGCUUACCCCCCUGAACCAAGUUACUUCCUUCAGCAACUUCCUCCAGCAACUCCCUUCAGCAACUUUCUUCAGCAACUUCCAUCUUCAGCAAUUUCCAUCUUCAGCAACUUCCAUCUCCACCAACCUCCAUCUUCACCAACUUUCAUCUUCACAAUCUUCGCCGACAAGGUAGACUAUAUUGCCUUUACCAGCCCACGCGCACUUCAAGACUACGACUCCCACAAUCUCCUAGUCGACACCAAAAUCAAGAUGGAUUAUCGUCACGCCCAAGUUCCUGGAACCUGUCCAUCUACAAGGUGUUCUGAAGGUGCUCCACAGAUGCCCCUUGAGACGUCUGAGCGCCGACAAGUACGACACAAAGAGCCUGUACACUGUGCAGUCAAAUCGUCUUCUCCAAAACCAUCAUACAUGCCAGGCUCAGCUACGUCAAGGCUACCUACACCCCGCCUUGCAUCGCCGUGGCAAUGGGCGUACGUUCCUUCAAACACCAACCCGUCUGCAAGAGUACUUGCACCCAUCAACCAGGAAACUCAGGAGAUACACCCAUCUUUCUACCGCAGGUUUCCAUCCGCACUUGCCAGUAUAACACCUGCAACGCAGCCAGAGAAGAGCUACUCAGAGCGCAUAGCUUCCAGACGAGAGGCUUCCCAUGCGAAGUGUGAGAAAUGGCUGGCUAUCGACAAGGCCAAUGUACCUCAGCAAGAGCUGGAGCAGCUGAGUCUGGACUCUGAUGAAGAGGAGUGGGAGAAGGUUGAUGGUGACGAGGAUUGGGAGUUUGUCGAUAGUCCUGGAGUCGAGGAAGACAUAGUAUCCAUGUUGCUUACUACAUGA